UCAAGAAUUGCCUAAUCCAAGUCGUCUAUAAGCUUUCAUUUGUUCAAUUGUGCUCUAAUGAAGGGUAGCUUUUUAUAAUUAACCUAAUCGAACAUUAAAAUAUAUUAAUUAAUUAAAAGUAAUUUAUUGACUACUUUUUUUUAAGUUUAAAUAUGAAAACAAUUAUAACAUCAUUUUUAAAACUCCCAAGGCGAACUAAACGACAAAAUGUACGUUUUGCAACUACUUCAUCUACUGGAGCAUUGUUACCUGAACCUCAAAAAAUUCCAUUUGGUAUUCUCGGAGUUAUUUGUACGGUUGUACCUGGAUUAUUGAUUGGCGCUACAAUUAGUAAAUAUAUGGCUAACUUCCUAGAAGAGAAUGAACUAUUUGUACCAUCGGAUGACGAUGACGACGAUGAUUAAAUUUUAGUAAAAAUAUUAAUUAUUAA